AUGACGUUGGAAACACCCAGAACAGCAGCCGUUUCCUCCACGGAUUUCAGGUCCUCGGCGUCAAUGGCCAUCUGGACCACGCCGGGACGACUGAGCUGGUCCACCCAGUCGUUGUUGAGCGAGUCCACCUUGUAUGUAGAGCAUUGGGGCGAAAUGGCAAGUGAAACGUCCUUGAUCGAUUGGUACACCACGUGUGGCGCAACAGAAACGGCCUCGCCCAGGCCAGACCCCACGCUGCGCUUCAAGUCGCCAGAACUGAGCCCGUUCACCUGCACAUACAACACCGUCUCGUCCGGCUUGUUGACACAAAGGUGCUCGGUCAGCUGUGUAACAUCCGCAAGUUUCUCAGACGAAACAAGAUACUCGAAUGGAGAAAACAGCGUCUUGAAGUCCAACGACGACACAACAAGGGGAGCUGUGUUUUCAAAAGCGUUAACGACUCCUAAAAGCCCAAAUAACAACACUCUAUUCAUCACCUCUUGUUACUAA